CACGAAGGUAGAUAAGGUCGCUCCUCCUCUCUCCACUUCCUCGGAUCCGCAACGCAACCCCCUAUCCACUAUUGAACUCGAUUUCGAUCUGCCGUGAAACAUAACCCAGCACCCGAUUUCUCGACCGCCACAACCCCAGAAUGUCGAACCCGCUAGACACCGACGCCGGCUCGGAGCUGUUCAGCAGCUACGAGACCGAGCUGAAGCUGGUGCAAGCCGACCUGAAUCAGAAGCUGGACCAGAUCGCGGAGUCGAGCGGUGAACAACGGAAGUCGGCGAUCAGACAAGCUGAGCGAGCUCUGGAUGAGGCCACGGAAUUGUUGGAUCAAAUGCGCAUGGAGAAACAGAACAUCCCGUCCUCCGCACGGUCGAAGGUCAACACCCGGGUUCGCAACUACGCGACGGAUGUCGACGAGGCCAAGCGCAAGCUGCGAUCGCUCUCGGACGACCGGAAAGCGCUCUUUGGCGAUCGCUACACAGAUGAUCCGCAGGACGAGCAUCUGGAACAAAGACAACAGCUCCUGUCUGGGACGGAGCGCUUGGAGCGCAGCUCUGCCCGGCUCCAGGAGAGUCAGCGCAUCGCUCUCGAGACGGAGGACAUCGGUCGCAACACCUUGGCCGACUUGAAUCAGCAGCGGGAGACCAUCACCAAUGCUCGAGGUCGGCUGCUCGAGAGCGAAGGAUAUGUGGAUACCAGCAUCAAAACUUUGAGGGGCAUGGCCCGUAGGUACUGUCCCCUUACACCUUCGCACACCGGCUUUGCUAUAUCGUCGCAGCCUUUGAUCCAACCACCGGUUCUAACCACUCUGCAGGAUGGCUACGAAUCGGAUAAUCACGAUCGCGAUCAUCACCGUCCUGGUCCUCUUGAUCUUCGCUGUGAUUUACAGCAAAUUCCAUUGAGCGUUGGUUGUGACUGGGCGUUAUUUACAGGUUGCCUUUCUCUUUUCUUUCUUCUAACGACACUACCUGUCUGCUGUCGCAGACACAUCACGGAACGUUGUAUGAUAGCAUCCAUCAGCUCUAAUCAGGCCAUAUGUCAUAGUACCGGUUACAUUGCAAACAAUCCAUAAAUGAGCCAAAUGAGACAAUCCAGCCCGGACAACCAGUAAAUCCAAAAGGGGGGGUAUAAUACUCGCCGCGUAGACAGACUCGCCAAACCAAACCAACCAUCCAACCUAUCCACAAACAAACAAGCCAAUCAACCAAAUCGCACACCCCACCGGCCAAAAGAACCCCAUCACCGCUCCCCAAAG